AUGAGCAAGGGCCAAUACAAGAAUAAUCUCACCGACGGAGAGUGCAACAACCUGGUCCAGCACCUCUUGACCCGGUGCACUUCGAGCGGCAAGCCGUUCGACUGUACCCCGACGACUGUGCGGCGCAUCUGGCGGUGUGCAUCUGCAUACCUGUCUGGGAGCAAGACGAUCUGCGCCACAGUCCACCGGCGGAAGAAGGGCCAAAGCGGGUGCAAACGAAUAUACACCGACAUAUCCGAGCGGAUUCAAGCCAUACCGCAGUCACGACGCACCUGCUUCUGCUCCAUUCCCCACGCGCCCAACAUCCCCAAGUCAAUCCUCCAUGUCUACUUCCUGCGUGGCGUCAUUGUGAAGUACUCCAGCGUGCCCAAACCCUCCCUGACAGAAUCUAGCAAGGUCUGCCGGCUGAAUUGCGCCAUCAACCACGUGACGGAAAUCAACGGCGAGAAGUAUUUCGACCCCAUGAACGACACUCUUCAUGUUGACAAAAAGUGGUUUUUCAUGACGCGGCGUCAGAAGAAGGUUUACGGCGUUGCCUGGCGUCGAGACGUACCGCCGAGUGAGGACGCCAUCGUUGUCGCUUGCAUGGCCAUGGGGUGGGACAUGGAGGUAGUGUUCCAACCUCCAAACUCACCGUACUUCAAUGUCCUGGACCUUGGCUUCUUCCGUGCUAUUCAGACACUCCAAGUUGAGAAGCAUUCCAGCAGCCUUGAGGGGAUCGUGGCAGCGACGGACAUGGCCUGGGUGGCGGUCAGUACGACAACCCUCAUCAAGAACUUUCUCACCUUGCAGAGAUGCCUCCAGGAGCGCGAGUGGGCCAGCCCCCGCUUGAGUCGAGCCGGCGGCGGCGGCGUGGACGAGAGCAGCAAGUAA